UCCUAUAUAUAUCCGACACAUUAUUCCCUUCUUAACCAAUCACCGAAAACUUUAAAAAAAAAAAAUGAAGAGGGGCAAUUCAGUCAUUUCAAUGGGUUCGUCGGAGUUAACGACGACAAAUUUAUCAUCAUCAUCAACGACGACAUCAUCAACUAGAUCAUCAUCAUCUGUUAUAGAUUCAAUAUGGGGAUGUACAGGUUCAACAAUACACAAAGAAGAUUUACGAAAACGUAUUACAAUACCUGAAUAUUUAAGAGUAGCAAUGAGAGAAGCGAUUAUAAACAAAGAUGUUGAUUCUGUGAAACGGCAUUAUGAUAUGGCUUAUGCUGAUGGAUCGGAAACUCCUAUUGCAUCGGAAUCUCCGAUCGUUGUGUUUAUUAAUGCUAAGAGUGGUGGAAGACAUGGACCGGAGUUGAAAGCCAGGUUGCAGGAUCUCAUGGGUGAAGAACAGGUUUUUGACCUUUCAGCAGUGAAGCCUAAUGAGUUCGUUCAAUAUGGACUGAGUUGCCUGGAGAAGUUUGCUGCUCUUGGUGACACCUGUGCGAAAGAGACUCGUGAAAAGCUAAGGAUCGUGGCAGCAGGAGGUGAUGGUACUGUUGGCUGGGUACUUGGCUGCCUUGGUGAGCUCAAGACACAGGGUCGGGAUCCACUUCCACCGACUGGGAUAAUUCCACUUGGUACAGGAAAUGACUUGUCCAGGAGUUUUGGUUGGGGCGGUUCAUUUCCUUUUAACUGGAAGACAGCCACGAAAAGAAUUCUUGACAGGGUUGCCAAUGGUCCUAUCUGCCAUCUAGAUAGGUGAAAAUUUUAUUUUAUCGGUAGUUCUUGAUAAAGCAUUUUCUAGUUCCAUGGUAUUAAUUUCCUAAAAUCAUAAACAUUUGGAUCUAUUGUAGAACCCGUGACAUGAUUCCUUUAUGCAUGUAAAGAACUCCAUUGCAGUGCUAAAUAAAAU